UAUAAUAUCAUUAGUAGGUAAAAUAAUAAAUGUCGUCGGCAUUAUCAUCACACGGCCAAUUAUACGACGGCGACCUCAGGUCGCCACUCGUCUCUCGAGAGGCGAACCCGAAAAAAAUAACGAUGGAUGAGAUGUUGGAGAAGUACUGCGGGGAGUUUGGGUUGUGGCAGGUGAGACACCUUGUGUUAACAUGCUUGGCUUGGUUACUGGAGGGGAUACUAACCAUGGUCAUGAUCUUUGCGGAUCGUGAACCAGCGUGGCAUUAUUUGACAAGCCACGCUGGUACAACGAGCCGUUGCUCUUCGGAGCCCGGCUCAUGGGAAUGGUCGGGUGGAAAUGGAAGUUCUACGAUAUCCGAAUUCGGAUUAAUAUGCGGAGACAAGUUUAAGGUUGGACUUGUUCAAUCUAUAUUUUUCGCUGGCUGCAUGAUCGGUGCGGGAGUAUUUGGACAUUUAUCAGAUACAAAAUUUGGGAGAAAAGGCUCCCUGGCAAUAAUUUGCAUUUUGAAUGCUAUUUUUAGUAUUCUAACUGCAUUCUCUUCCGAUUACUGGACGUACGUCUUGUUCCGAUUUCUCUCCGGUUUCAGCACUGGUGGGACCGGCCUUUGUGCUUUUGUUCUCUCGACUGAACCCGUUGGCCAAUCAUGGCGUGGCGUAGCUGGAAUGUCCACUUUAUAUUUAUACUCUACUGGAAUAGUCGUUGUAUCCGCCAUUGCUUAUUUCAUCCAACCGUGGCGAUCUCUCUACAUUGCUUCUUCAAUCCCUUCCCUUAUUUUCGUUAUCUUCGUAUUACCUUUCCUCCACGAGUCACCUAGAUGGUACCUCGUUAGAGGAAAAGUAGACGAAGCUAUGAAAAUUAUGCAGAAAAUCGCGGUUUCUAAUGGCAAACAAAACAUUCCUUAUGACGUUGUUCUUGCCCUCGAUUGUGAAGUAUCCAAGGACGAUAUCCCUAAUUCUAAAUUCAAUACCAAAAAAGCAUCAAUUUUAGAUGUAAUAAGGUCUCCUGUCACACGGAUUCGGUUGUUCGUAGCUGUGGCUACUAACUUCUUUUGUUCCAUUGUAUAUUACGGGUUGAGUUUGAACGCGGUUAAUCUCGGAACUAAUUUGUACCUCAACGUUGCACUUAAUUCAGUUUCUGAAAUGCCUGCCUAUUUAUUAACAUCAUUAGUGCUUGACAGGAUUGGUCGAAAGCCGUUAGCCAUAGGGACAAUGUGGUUCAGUGCGAUUUUCUGCUUAGUGGGGAGUUUUUUGAAGAGUACCGAUGAGACCUGGAAAAUUGUUAGGAUGGUGUGCGGAUUGCUUGGGAUAUUUGGAAUAUCUGGUACUUUCAAUUUGCUGCUCGUGUAUGGCAUGGAAUUGUUUCCAACUGUAGUGAGAAAUGCAGCACUAGGAUGCUCGAAGCAAGCCGUGAGUUUGGGGGCGAUUUUGGCUCCAAUUAUAGUUGUGUUAGGGGGCGGCGUGCCGUUUGCUGUAUUUGGGGCAUGUGGUAUUAUUGGAGGAUUUUUGGUAAUGUAUUUACCAGAGACGUUAAACAAGCCACUUUAUGAUACAAUGGAUGGAUUGCAAGAGGCUGAAGCAAAACCUGGGUUGGUAGCUUUGGAUUAGUUAGUUGAAUAAAAGAAAGUUUUAAACAUUUGUUCAAGUGUUUGAAAUUGAAAAUAAGCCAUUGAUUGGGAAAAAAGUGUUGUAAGCACUGUUAAAAUAACUACGAUAUUAUAAUAUUUGAUCUCACCUUGUUUGAGUAC